AUGUCUCGCAAUUGCCUGUUUGUCCUCACUCUUCUGGCUUUCGCACUUGUCGCUUCAGCAUAUUUCCCACACGACCACUACCUCCAACACCACCAACACCACAAUUACAUUAUUCAGCAUCACUCACACCAACGAUGCUUCUGCAAAUACUACCCCACUUUCACUUGCUGCACUCAACCUCAGCUUCCCGAGUGCCAGAUGCCCAGACACUACCCAACUUGCACCCAAACCUACGAGAAGUGUGUGGAGACAUGCAAAGUGAACAUCUACUGCAUCCAAUACUGUCAGACUCGUUUCCGUCUCAUUCCCCAAUUCCCACGUUGUUAA